AUGCCCACCCCACUUGAUGACAGCAAAGCCACAGCUCCCACACUAGAGCCUCCCCUCAUUUGUGUUGCGGAGGCAGAGCCUCCUCAUCAAGCACCCAAGCCUGCUCCUACUGAAGAGCCCAUCACAGCACCUGCACCCAAGCCCAGCACCUCCGAUGCCCACGCCGAUAAGCCUCUGACCCAUGGAAGUGACACAGAAAUAUCCAGGCCAGAGAGAGCUCCUGAAUUACCCAAGCAAGACGGUGACAUCCUCAAACCAUUGACACCCAGCCCUCCCUGGAGGCAAGCACACCCAGAGUCAACAACCCCAGCACAAGCUGACAGUACUGGGGCCACCUCCACGGACACCAAGGCAGAACAUGUCAUUCAACCUCAGCUGACCCCCAGCUUACCAAACACCAGCCCUCCAUUCAAAGCUGAGCCAGCACCACCACCAGGAGAAGCAGCAAGACCUCCCGUGUCCGGUGCUGGUGGCUGGUAUCGCCUCCGGAAGCACCUGAUGGUGCAGCCAGAAGCACCCACCUUCCCAGAGCCCGAGACAGACUCGCUGGCACAGGGAGAAAAGGAGGAAGGGAGCAAGGAGAAGGACAGCUCUCAAGCAAUCAGUCAAGACCACAGGCCGUUUAAAUCAAGGGCCACAAGGAUGUGGGAUGCGAUUUUAUACCAGAUGACAGUCAACAAAGAGAGGAAGCAGCAAGAAGAAGAGAAGAAGCUGCAGAAGGAAGGAAGCUUCUUUCUUCCCCGCCGCUUACCCAUCCUUCUACAUAAACCACGCUUCGACGCCCGGAAACUGAAGGAACUGGCUGCCAAACCCAUGACAAAGAUCACCACUGUGUUCGAGGUGAGCCGGUUUAGACCCAAAGCGGCUGAGGAGCAGACCAAGAGCUUUAACAGAACAGCAUCGGGAUGGUCAGUCCACUGA